CGAGGCGCGAAAUGCAAUUUGUUUUCUCUUGCACCAAUGUUGUCGUCUUGCACUGAAAGGCAACGUUGAUGAUGAGUUCCCCAUCAAAAAGAGCUUCAAAUAGGUCGACUUCUUCAAGAACACCAACGAAAAGAGGAACGCCAGAGAAAAGAAGCUCUAAACAUACUAGCAGCCAACCGCCACCCAUCUCUUUGCCUGAUCCAGAUUUUGACACAAGCCUACAGUCCUUAUUAUGUAGUCAAGAAACUUUGCGUUCUUCUCCAGAGCUUUGGCCGGAACAAAUGCCUGGAGCAGUGGAAUUUGCUACAAUCUAUGGUACAAGUCCAAUAUUGUCGAAAACAGAGACUGUUGCAUCAAGCCUUGACUCAGCACUGGAUAAAGAAGACCAUGAUAUGCUUCAAGAAUUUGGCAGCUUGACUACUUCACAACUGAUGGACAAAGUCAAAGCAUUGCAAAACCUUGCUUACCAACUUGGUUUAGAAGAAGCCCAUGAAAUGACGCGUGGCAAGUUCUUAAACGUCCUUGGUAAAUCAAACAUUGGGAGGUGAGAAGUUUUGAAUCAAGGCAAAUCUGCACUGUACAGCUCUUGGUUCGUGCGCUUGAUACUUGGUCGCUGAUGUAACAACUGACUUUGCAAUUUUAGAGAGACAGCAGCGCGGUGCUUGCACUGUUCCAAAGCCGCUGACAGAUCUUUUUGCGAAGGGAAAAAAACCACAAGAAAAAGGCCUACUGUCCAUCAUUCUACUUUUGCACUAAGGUAUCUUCAACUUUAAUAUUUCAUUAAAUUCUUAUCGAUUCACCUCUUUAUGGUCUUUCGCAUAUCAGGAUUUUUUCGUGACAUUCAAAACUAAUAUAAUUGUGCACAAGAUAUUUUUACUCUGUUUCAUAGCAAUAUAUUACAUUUUAAUGAAAACAUGAAUCUCAAAGUCAGUGAGAAGUUAUGAAAAAACUAAAAACAAGCUGUGGCUUAAUUAGACGGAUAUGAGAAACUCUAUAUUAGAAGGAUAUUAGAAACAAGUGCGCUGAAGUCUAAGAAACUGAACAGCAGCAGUUAACCGUAUCAAACUGGAAAGCUAUGAAAGCCCUAAAAAUUUCUUUAUCUUACACCCUAAGAAUUUAAUAGCAAGUUGGGGGAAGCUCGACUUCAAAGAAUUUGGAAAAGUUUUGUCUUGAGUUAAAAUUCUGUGAAAAUUAAGAACUGCCUGCUUGAGACCCGAAUUUACUUACUCUAUAGGAGAUUGUAAAACAACUUUGCCAAGUGUAAUAUGCGAUAAAAUGCAGUUUAAAUAAAAAUAUGAGUCCGUAGACACUAGUCUGUAGAAUCUCUGUCAACCCUUGAUUUUUUUUAAUUUUGAAAAUCUGUCAACCCUUGAUUUUGAAAAUCCUACAGAUUUUUUUUAACAUUAAUUCUUGUUCAGUAUAGAAAUGCUCCCUUCAUAAAUACUGUAAAAUUAAUUUCGGUAAUGUAAGUAAAGAAAUUUAAUUUGGAGUCAUUUGGAGUGAGUUUUUUUAUAUAAUCACUACAAGAAGAAAAUUCAAUAACAUAAAACAUCUGUGCCUAUCGUGGCGGGAAUUGACUCCAGGUCAUUGAAGUUCCCAUCAUGAAAGGCACUUGCAAUUCAAAAUUUAAUAAUAUUUUUAAUAAAAAGAAACGCAGUGAAUUAGUUUGUUUGUUGUUAAAAUUAAGACGUAUUUCUAUUUGGAUGCUUAAGUUUCUCGAAUCUCAAUUUAUUUGUUUCUGAAAGAUUUCCCCCUUUUUUUUUAAAUCCUAAAAAAAUCGAUUAAUUUUGUGUCCGGAAAAGUACUAACCAGAUAAUUCAACUGCCAGAAUGGCUGGAAAAUAUGGUCUCAAAGCUCUUUCGCUAUCAUUUCUUAUUUGUAUGAUAUUACGAUACACCCUUCAGUCAACCUUGCUCUUUCCACAUUUGAUUGGCAAAUGAUAGCUGACUUACUGCCACACCAUACAACUGCUGGGCUUGACGUUUUUUCAGCAAUAGAAGUCUAGCCCCAAAAGUAUACCUAAAAACAUAUACAGUGCACCAAAAUAAUUAGAUAAAUGACGAUAAUUAUGGGAAACAUUGCGUGUUAUGAGUUAAAUAUAGAUGUUUUUAUUUACGUCGUUAAACUCCUCAAAAGUUAAAAUCAAAGUCAUUGCCUUUCUUCUUUAAUUUCAAAAAAGAAGAUCAUAUUUGUUAGAUCAUGUAGUUAUUUUUUGUAAAUCUAUACACUAUGAUAUCUGAAUUUUUUUCGGAAGGUUCCUGUUAGUAUGCGAGGCACCACAAAAAUUAACUUGUUUAACCGUGUGACAUUUUUGUUGAUCUUAUCAUUUAAUAUGA